AUGGAGCAUGCGCCGCUCCUUGACCCCGUCGAGCUGCUCCGGGGAACGCCUAGCGGUCGCUCCCCCACUAUCGAGGCUGCGUGCCCCGGCGUCAUCUCCUGCGCGGACAUUGUCGCGUUCACUGGCCACGACGCAUCGAGCGCCAACUUCGCGGCGAAGGGAUUCACCCCGGAGGAGCUGGUGAUCCUCUCUGGCGCGUACUCCAUAGGCAAGGCGCACUGCUUCUCCUUCAACGACCGCCUCACCGAGCCGAACUCCGAGAUCAAUGCCAACUACCACGACAACGUCCUGAACAAGACCUGCUACGCCGCCCCGAACGAGACGACGUUGGCGAACAACAUCCGCGACAUCGACGUGGCGACGCUGGGGCCCCGGCGCCAGCGCUCCACCCGCCGCUCCACCCGCGGCCUGCUGCCUCACAGCUCCGUCGCCGCCCCUCUGCGCCGCCCGCCGCUGCUCGCCAUUCUCAGGGGAGAUAGAGAGAGGGGAUAG